AUGGCGGAGCGUGCUUCUCACGGACUGGCUCCUCGACUAGACAUUCAGCAGUUACAGUUUGAAGCCCAGCAUCGGUGGUUACGUCCUGCAGAAAUAUUGGAAAUUCUUAGUAAUUUUAAGUUGUUUCAAAUCACACCAGAAUCGCCUAACAAGCCACCGAGUGGAUCACUUUUUCUUUUUGAUCGGAAGGUUUUGAGAUACUUCAGAAAGGAUGGACACAAUUGGAGAAAGAAGAAAGAUGGAAAAACUGUGAGGGAAGCUCACGAAAAGUUGAAGGUGGGAAGUGUUGAUGUGUUACACUGCUACUAUGCCCAUGGAGAAGAGAAUGAAAAUUUUCAGAGGCGAAGCUAUUGGAUGCUUGAACCGGAUAUGAUGCAUAUAGUAUUUGUCCACUACUUGGAUGUAAAGAUUAACAAGACAAAUAUUGGUGCAAGUACAGAUACUAACGGGGUUACAUCAGAUUCCCAGAACGGGAGCUCUGUGUCAUCUGGACUUCCUGCAAAUUCUGUUAACAUGCCUUCAGGAAGUGCAGAUUCCAUGAGCCCAACAAGCACAUUAACUUCAUUAUGUGAAGAAGCAGAUUCAGAGGAUACUCAUCAAGCAAGCCCGAGAUUUCACACCUUUCACGAGUCGCAAAAUCUGGGGAAUGGUCCACUGAUGGGUGAUCAUGGCCAGUUAUCGAUGUCAGGACCAAAUUACCUUCCACUUAUUCAAGGGGGUAAAUCCAAUCCUAGUGAUACUAGAUACAUCGAGGGUCAGACAGCACUCAACAUAGGAUCCUGGGACAAUGGCAUGGAGAAAUCUGCAGGAUUGUAUACUGAUCCUUCCGCUGUAUCGUCUAAUUCUAUUCCAUCAAGUUCAAUGAGCAACUUCCUUGAACAAGAACAUGCUGUCUUUACUGAAGGAAGAGCCUCACAGUCUCUCCAAUCAAAUUGGCAGAUUCCUUUUGAAGACAAUACAGGAGAAUUUCCUAAAUGGAGCUUUACUCAAUCGUUGACUUCGGAAUUUGAAUCUGAUUAUUCCGCUGAACUAAUGGGAAAAGAAACUAAUAAUUCAAGUCCAGAAAUUUGUUCGGACCCAUUUUAUUUUAAUUGUGAAGCAAAAGAGCAGCCUGUGCAGCAAAACAUGUCAAAUGAGCAUGCACAAUCUCAGGAUGCACCGAAAUCUGACUUUGAAAGUCAUGGCGAACCCAGUGUCAACUAUUCCUUGAACGUGAAGCGCGCUUUUAUGAAUCCAGAAGAAAGCCUGAUUAAGGUUGAUAGCUUCUCUAGGUGGAUGUCUACAGCAUUUGCAUCGGCGGAUGAUCUGCACACGCAGUCUUCCCCUGGUAUUCCAUGGGGCACAGAUGAAUGUGGGAAUGUGAUAGAUGAUACGUCAUUGAACCUUUCUCUAUCUCAGGACCAGCUGUUUAGCAUACAUGAUUUUUCACCUAAAUGGGCUUAUGCUGAAUCAGAAAUUCAGGUAUUGAUUAUUGGAACUUUUUUGAAGAGUAAACCAAAUGUGGAAACAUGUAACUGGUCCUGUAUGUUUGGGGAAGUUGAAGUUCCAGCUACGGUUUUAGCUAAUGGAAUUCUAUGCUGUCAAGCUCCACCUCAUGAGAUUGGACGGAUCCCUUUCUAUGUAACCUUUUCCAAUAGAUUUGCUUGUAGUGAAGUUAGGGAAUUUGAGUUUAGAGAGGGCUUCACUAGAAAUGUAGAUUUGGCAGAUUUUUUUAACAGCUCUACUGAAAUGAUGCUUCAUUUGCAACUAGAAGAGUUACUUACUUCGAAUUCAGUGAAUCUUUCAGAUCAAGUUUUUGAGGAUGAUAUGGAGAAACGGAACUUGGUUCUUAAGCUUAUUUCACUGAAAGAGGAAGAGGAAUAUUCCAGUAAUGAAGAGCCAACAGGAGAGGUGGAUAUAUCAAAAUACAUGUUGAAGAUGCAUAUGUUUCACAGGCAGGUUAAGGAAAAGUUGUUCUCAUGGCUUCUUCACAAAGUAACUGAAACUGGUAAAGGACCUCAUGUGAUUGAUAAAGAUGGGCAAAGUGUAUUACAUUUAGUUGCUGCUCUUGGUUAUGAUUGGGCCAUAGCACCAAUUGUAAUUUCUGGAGUUAAUAUCAACUUCCGUGAUGUGAAUGGAUGGACUGCUUUACACUGGGCUGCAUCAUGUGGCAGGGAACGAACAGUUGUUCUCCUUGUCUCCAUGGGUGCAAAUGCUGGAGCAUUGACGGAUCCAUGUCCAGCAUUCCCUUCAGGAAGAACACCUGCAGAUCUUGCUUCUAGCUGUGGCCACAAAGGAAUUUCGGGUUUUCUUGCCGAGUCAUUAUUAACUAGCCACCUUGAAUCACUAACAGUGGCUGAUGCAAAUGAUGAUGGUACAAAAGAAAAGAAAGUCGUACAGACGAUUUCAGAACGAAUUGCGACACCUGUGCUCUGGGGAGAUAUACCAGAUGUUAUCUGCCUUAAGGAUUCUCUUGAUGCUGUCCGCAAUGCUACACAAGCUGCUGAUAGAAUACAUCAAGUAUAUAGAAUGCAAUCAUUUCAAAGAAAGCAGUUAGCUCAGUAUGACGAUAACGAUGAUGAUGAGUUUGGAUUGUCAGAUCAGCAGGUUCUUUCUCUUGUAGCUUCUAAGGCUUGCAAAUCUACUCAUGGGAAAGGUUCAGCAAAUGCUGCUGCAGUACAAAUACAGAAAAAGUUCCGUGGCUGGACAAAGAGAAAAGAAUUCUUGUUCAUUCGUGAAAGAGUUGUUAAAAUCCAGGCCCACGUAAGAGGUCACCAGGUAAGAAAGAAGUUUAAACCAAUCAUUUGGUCUGUGGGAAUCCUGGAGAAGGUUAUAUUACGGUGGAGGCGUAAGGGCAGUGGUUUACGUGGAUUUCGACCAGAUGCCAUAAAUAAUGUCCCCAACCAACCAAACCAAGAUAUUGUGAAGGAGGAUGAUUAUGAUUUUUUCAAGGAAGGGAGGAAACAGAGUGAAGAAAGGUUCCAAAAGGCCCUUUCAAGGGUUCAGUCCAUGGUUCAGUAUCCAGAAGCUCGGGCUCAGUACAGACGACUGCUAAAUGUAGUAGAUGAUUUCCGUCAAAAGCAGCCAUGUAAUUCAAGUUUGAUGAAUUCGGAAGAAGCAGUUGAUGGUGUGGCGGAUUUGAUUGAUAUUGACAUGCUUUUAGAUGAUGAUAAUUUCCUGCCUAUAGCAUUCGAUUGA